AUCACAUUGGUACUUCCGGUACUGUUCCGUAGCUGAGGCGCAGGCGGAUGUUUAUGAAGUCACGAUGGCAGGAACCGCGUUAAAGAGACUGAUGGCGGAAUAUAAACAACUCACUCUGAAUCCUCCAGAAGGCAUCGUUGCAGGUCCUGUAAAUGAAGAGAACUUCUUUGAGUGGGAAGCUUUGAUCAUGGGACCAGAGGACACGUGUUUUGAAGGUGGUGUGUUUCCUGCUCUUCUCAGUUUCCCCUCUGAUUAUCCACUCAGUCCUCCAAAGAUGAAGUUCACCUGCGACAUGUUUCACCCCAACAUUUACCCAGAUGGCCGUGUGUGUAUCUCGAUCCUUCAUGCCCCUGGUGAUGACCCGAUGGGGUAUGAGAGCAGUGCAGAGAGAUGGAGUCCUGUACAGAGUGUGGAGAAAAUCCUACUGAGUGUCAUCAGCAUGCUUGCAGAGCCGAAUGAUGAGAGCGGAGCAAACGUGGACGCAUCUAAGAUGUGGAGAGAGGACAGAGAGCAGUUCAACAGACUUGCUAAGAAGAUUGUUCGCAAAUCACUCGGCCUCUAAUACACACAUACACACACACAUACACACACACACACACACACACACACACACACACACACACACACACACACUGAGCACUUUAUAUGAGCUAGCUGACCUUCUCUCCUCCUUCACUGAACUGAUGGACAGAUGCUGAAGUGAAAGAGCUCCUCCCCCCCUCAGGUAUUCUUCAGCUCCGGUCCUCAUCUGUGAUAAAGAUGCAGGAGGGAUGAGGAUGGACAGAUGAGGAUUGAGGGACAGAACGAAGAAGACAGAGGGCUGCAGUGUUUCUCUCUUUAGAUGUACAUUUAUUUUUCUCAGUGUGUGACAUGUACGUUUAGUUUAAUGCUGCCUUAUUAAGAUUCCCCUGAGGGAUUGUGGGUAGUGAGCAAGGCUAUGGGAUUGUGGGUAAUGACAGUGUUUUGCUAUAAAAAUGUGUUAUAGUUUAAUUAGCUUUAAAAUCCAGACAAUCAAAAUAUGUCUGGAUUUUAAAGUUUUUAUUGCUUUGCAGUGAAGAUAUGCAUCAAUAAAUCCACCUGAACCAUC